UCUAUCGAUUUCUCACUGAAUUUUAACUUUUUGGGAGUUUUUAUUGUAUGCCUCAUAUUCAUACUGGUUUUCUCAAUCUUCUGGUAUAACUUUUGGUUUAAACCGGUGGAGUUUUCGAUAUAUAAUUGGACUUUCCGUGUUUGUAGCGUGUCGUCGUGUUGUUAUUAUUAUUGUGUACCACAGUUUAUAUUUUCCGCCUUUAAUGGAGUAAUUCUUUCGACUUAUUUCUGAAACUUCGCCAAGUUAUAGCUAUUCAACAGUGAAACAUAUGUACCAAGUUUCGUGUCUUGAUCUUUAAAAGAAUUCAAACUAGAUUGGGAUUUGUAUUUUCCAACGGUCACUUUUCCACUUAAUUAAUUAAUCUAUUGUUGGAGAAUCUCGGGGAUUUCCCUUUAUGGCCUCGAAUACGUUGUUAAUUGGAUUUUGGACUAUGUAAGCCCGUGAUGUAUUUUGACAUUGUAAUUAUCGUUCAAGAUUUUAGUUUAUUAAUGGUUCAUAUUUCUGUAUCGUGCGUCGUCUCCUGUUGAAAUCUUGUAAUGGCAUUUUACCCAAUAGGCAAUAUGUUGCUUACUUUAACUUUGGUUCAGUAGUUUUAACGUCUUAAUUACGUUAUGUCUCAUUCAUCAGAAACUACUCGGUUAUUCAACUGUCCUGACUGCAAUUUUUCAUCGUCGUCCCAAGGUGGCCUCUGUGGUCAUCGCACUAAAAUACACAGCACUAACAGCUCUUCUGUUAAAUCGGUUUCGGUAGUGAGAUCUUAUCCCGAAGGAAAGAAUUUUAUUUGCUGUCUUUGUGGAAAUACCAUCGUCAAUUUCCCUAAUUUAAAACGUCAUUUUAAAACAGUUCACCCUCACACUGUUCUCACGGCAUCUGCUCAUUGUCUAAUUUGCAAUAAAGAUUUCCCAAAUGCUCAAGGCGCAAGUGUUCACUGCCAACGUUCACAUGGUGUUUCAAAAACAAAAACAAACAUUCCACCUAGCCCGACCCCUAUAAUGUCUCGUAUUGCCAUUAAUCCUAAUGCUACAUCAGACGUUUCAAGUGAAUCUUCUGCUGGUGUUGGUCCUCGCCGUUCAACUAGACGUACUUGUAAUAAACAUUCUUCACCCGUUGACCAAUCCAUUUUGUCAUCCUCCAUCUCACAAUCUCCAUCAUCAAGUUAUCAACCAAUCCCUGGUGGACCGACGUCGGACCCUGCCAACCAAUCUAAACCACAGGAAAAGGUUCAUGAUUCGGACACCCUUAAAGACUCGCUCAAUCAAUCUGAACCCUACUCAAGCCCCUUAUCUCGUUUCAUUCAUGAAUGUGGCAACCUUCCUCCCUUAUUCCCACAAAGAUCUCCACAAACAGUUGGUCUGACUUCCUCGCCAGUUUCUACUACGGAAAUUUCCUUAUCUUCUGACGCUAAUGACUCCUCCAGGUUCUCCCCUCCCGCAUCGGGUCCUUCCCCGAGACUUUACCAGAAAGACCGUACUUCUUACAGACGGUAUCAGAGACCGACGGCUGCGGAUUUCUUUUCUCCUAGAUCGUCACGACACCCUUCUAGUCCCUCCUCUCCAGUUGUUCAAACUGAUGCAAAUGACCUUCUUAACUCUGCGUUACCAAAUGAUGGUUCAACGGAUGAAGUACAACCUCCAAUUGAUAGUGAGAUCGAUCCUUUAUCAUCCCCUAACCAACAUGAUAAUAACACGCAAUCCCAACCUUCGCAACCCACUCCAUCUGAUUCAAGUUUGAAAAGAGAUGCUUUUAAGGACAAAUGGACUUCUGCCUUCUCUAGUGACAUCCCAUGGUCAGAGUUCUGUUCACUUUGCGAUGAAUUUGUCGUGGAAACUCGAUCUCUUGCUUUAGAAAUUGCAGCAAAUUCUUCGCCGACUUCCUACCGUCCUAAACCUCUUCCCCGUUGUAACCGUCCUUCUGGCCGUCGUCCUGCUUUUCGUCAUCGACCACUGUUAUCAAACCCCGCUGAGGCGCAACGCAUUCAAACUUUAUACCGUCAUUCGAGGAAAAAAGCGGCAAGGAAGAUCCUUUCGCCAAACUGUCCCCCCUAUUCAGGAUCAAUUGAAAAUGCCGAAUCGUUUUUCAAGGACACUUUUCCCUUCGUAAUUGUGACAUAACGUCUCUUCAAGAUAAACUAAAUGAUCUCACCACUCCAGCUGCAAUUGAUGACUCG